GCCGGUUUGGAAGGCGGAAGCGUGGGGUCGUUGGGCCGGCCACUAGCAUAGCUCAGGGGCUCUUGUGUCGUCACCAUGGCGUCCGAGAGGCCGAGAGAGCCGGGAGGCGAGGACAGCAUCAAGUUAUCAGCAGAUGUCAAACCGUUUGUCCCCAAGUUUGCUGGCCUUAAUGUGCCAUGGUUCGAGUCCUCAGAAGCAUGUGUCUUCCCCAGCUGUGCUGCCACUUAUUAUCCCUUUGUCCAGGAAUCGCCGGUGACUGAACAGAAAAUAUAUCCUGAAGACAUAGCCUUUAGAACGUCCACAUUUCCAGGCCAGUAUUUGUCUUCUGAGAUGACUCUCCAUCCUUAUGCCUAUCCUGCUUAUGCUCUUGAGUCUACACAGAACAUCUGCUCGGUGCCUGCCUCGCAGUGUAAUUACAACCAAGUGCGCUCUUACCCAGGUUUUCAGGCGGGGAAGCCCCGAAAUGAGCGCAUGGGUCCUCAAGAGACGAAAGCUGCAUUCAAGCAGAAAAAGUCCUAUGAAGAGAGAAAAAUAGGUGGUGAACAAAAAUUUAACCAUAAAAGGGCCGAUGGUGUGAUGUCUGAGAUAAAAUCAGCUAAAGGUUCACAUCACCUGUCCUCUCAUGAGGAGAACAGUUUGAAAUCAGAUGGCUGUCAUAAACGGACAGACAGGAAAUCCAGACCAGCUGUAAAAAGCACACCUACCUCCAAACCUGAGUUUGAAUUUAGCAGGUUAGAUUUUCCUGAAUUGCAGAGUCCAAAGAACAAUAUUGUGUCCGAGAUGCAUAAACAACCCAGGUGGGGACCACUUCGCUCUGCCACCAGCGACAUUUCUCUACUAGAAGUGGGCACAGCAGUUAAAGAAAUGUCACAGGGUGAAAUGGUGAGAUCUAAUCAGCCAGGCAAAGCUGCAGCUGAUUCUUCACCUGCCGGUUCCCCCUCAUGCACAAGAGAAUUGUCUUGGACACCAAUGGGUUAUAUUGUUCGGCAAACAGUAUCUUCAGAAUCCUCACCAGUGCCUAAAAAUGUCACUUCCAUGAUAAACCUGAAGAUGGUUGCUUCCUCGGCAGAGGCUAAAAAUAGCACUGUGACAUCACCUGGGGCUCUGUCGGCAGAGGCUUCCCACAGCAGAGAGAAGCAUGGCGGGCCACAUGGUGAGACCCAGUCUCAACGGAAAGCAAGUAAGAUGUCCAAAGUACCACAAAGUGGUGAACUUGAACAAAACGAAGCCUCAAGAAAGAAUAAGAAAAAGAAAGAGAAGUCUCAAUUGAACUGCGAAAUCCAAUCAAACUAUGAAAUCCUGACUGUUCAGGAGCCACCAAGGAUCGAAGAUGCUGAGGAAUUCCCUAACCUGGCAGCUGUGUCUGAAAGAAGAUACCGAGUAGACUCACCAAAAUUUCAGUCUAAACAGCUGACACAGAAUGAUUUUAAACCAAGUGGGAAGAAGAGCCAGGUUCCAGUGCAGCUGGACUUGGGCGGCAUGCUGGAGGCACUAGAGAAGAAGCAGCGUGCCCCACAUGCCAAGCAGCCCAGCAGGCCAAUUGUGUUCUCAGUCGGAGCUGUGCCAGUGCUUUCCAAAGAAGCCACCUCAGGGGAAAGGAGCCGCCGCUCUGAUCAAAUAAAGACCCCACACAACCCCUUGGACUCCAGUGCCCCCCUGAUAAAGAAGGGGAAGCAAAGGGAGGUCCCAAAGGCCAAGAAGCCCACCUCACUGAAGAAGAUUAUUUUGAAAGAACGGCAAGAGAAAAAACAGCAGCGACUCCAAGAAAAUGCCAUGAGCCCUGCUGUGGUCAGUGAUGAUGCACGAGAUGCUGAGAGCGGUGCCAAUGACCAGGCCCCCGACGACCAGACCACUGAUGUCCAGGCCCCCGACCACACUGAGUCCACAGGCCUUGAGAGAACAGAAGAAUCAACGUUCUCCAUACCUGAGGCUGAGGGCAAGUCCGAAGAGCUGCUGGGCACAGAGCUCCAGAGGGAUGCAGAGGCCUGCCAGCCUACCCCUGACCUUGCCACCUUCCCCAGAAUCCACAGCCGGAGGUUCCGGGAUUACUGCAGCCAGAUGCUUAGUAAGGAAGUGGACGCUUGUGUCACAGACCUGCUCAAGGAGCUAGUGCGCUUCCAAGACCGGAUGUACCAGAAGGAUCCAGUCAAGGCCAAGACGAAACGUCGGUUUGUGCUGGGCCUGAGAGAAGUUCUCAAACACCUGAAGCUCAGGAAGCUGAAAUGUGUCAUUAUUUCUCCCAACUGUGAGAAGAUACAGUCAAAAGGUGGGUUGGAUGAGACCCUGCACACCAUUAUUGAUUCCGCCUGCGAGCAGAACAUCCCCUUCGUGUUUGCACUCAACCGCAAGGCUCUGGGGCGCAGUCUGAACAAAGCAGUUCCUGUCAGUGUCGUCGGGAUCUUCAGCUAUGAUGGGGUCCAGGACCAGUUUCACAAGAUGGUUGAGCUGACUGUGGCUGCCCGGCAAGCAUACAAGACCAUGUUGGAGAACGUGCGGCAGGAGCUGGCAGGAGAGCCUUGCCCUCAGACCCCUCCCAGCCCACCCACAAAGGGCCCCAGCUGCUCUGCCAAAGAUGGUGCCCCAGCCCCCACUGGAAAAGAGCCACGCUACAUUGAGGUCUGGAGAGCCCACCUGGAAGCUUACAGUCAGUGUGCCCUGGAACUCGAAGACUCACUGGAGGCUUCAACCUCUCAAAUGAUGAAUUUGAAUAUGUAAGGAGAGCUGUCUCUCCACUGUGUCUGUAUUUUGGAUAAGGAGGGGAGGCUGGAGAAAGACUUCCUUUUCUCAGUUCUUCACUGACCUCUAUUUUUGACUGUUGGAUAGGAAACUCACUGGCCUGAGGGAAGGGUCAGGCCCUCCAGCUUGAACCUGAGUCCAUCCCGUGGACACUGAAAUGUGCCAGUAGAAUCCCUUAUUAAGAGCCUGGUAACUCAGUUUCAGUUUCUCUGUGCAUACUGGAUUUGGAGAAUACUGGAAAAUAUCCAGGGUACUUUGGCUGCUGGGGAAACUGCCUCCAUUGCAGCAGGACUGAGCCUAGCAGGGAGUUCUCAGUGGGCAGGAGGGCAGGAGUUCACCCCUGGAGGGGUGGGUGGUAGCGGCCCUUUCUCAGGAUGCCAAGGAUUUGCUAAUGAGCCUCAGAAGGAAGGUUUGCUUCUCAUCCCUGACUUUUUAACAUUGAAUUACCCUUUAGUCUAUUCUUUCCAAAGAUGCACUGUAUAUUGAAAAGUCCCUAGAUGUCAGUUUGAUAAUCAACAAAUCUUUCUUUUUUAAAUGAUAACAUUAUGAAUGUCAUUUCUGUCUUAGCAGCCAAGUGGACAGAGCUUACUUUCCUAUUUCCUUGCAAGGAAGAGGGCUUAUUUAUUUUGAAUAAAGAGUGAUUAUUUAAUUUCA